UGGCCGCUAGGGGCGCUGUGGUGCUCCCGUGUGGCACAUCAACGGCGUCAUGGAAGCGAGCUCCAGAUAGCAACUAAAGAAAAGUCCAGUUUAUUUCGUCCAAAAUGUCGCCGACGGAGAAGAAAUCCACCUCAGGAGGGACUGGACACCUAAAUAACGGCUUCGACGAAAAAUAUGAGGGUCCCCAGCCUGUCUCACACACCGAGGACGAGCCUCUUCUCCGGGAGAACCCCAGGCGCUUUGUCAUCUUCCCCAUCCAGCAUCCGGACAUCUGGAAGAUGUACAAGCAGGCGCAGGCCUCUUUCUGGACGGUGGAGGAGGUGGAUCUCUCCAAAGACCUGGCCCACUGGGACCGUCUGAAGCCGGACGAGAAACAUUUCAUCUCGCACGUUUUGGCCUUCUUCGCUGCCAGCGACGGCAUCGUCAACGAGAACCUGGUGGCUAGGUUCAGCCAGGAAGUGCAGCUCCCUGAAGCCCGCUCCUUCUACAGCUUCCAGAUCCUCAUCGAGACCGUUCACUCCGAGAUGUACAGCAUGCUCAUCAACACUUACAUCAGGGAUCUGAAAGAGAGGGACCACUUGUUUAACGCUAUUCAGACCAUGCCUUGCGUGCAAAGAAAGGCAGAGUGGGCCCUCCAGUGGAUAAAUGACAACAAAUCCACCUUUGGGGAGCGACUUGUGGCUUUUGCAGCUGUGGAGGGGAUCUUCUUCUCUGGCUCAUUUGCUGCCAUCUACUGGCUGAAGAAGAGAGGCCUCAUGCCGGGCCUUACCUACUCCAAUGAACUCAUUAGCAGGGAUGAGGGUCUGCACUGUAACUUUGCCUGCCUGCUGUACAGCUACCUGCUGCACAAGCCUUCAGAGGAGAGAGUCAAAGACAUUAUCAGUAAAGCUGUUACCAUUGAGCAGGAGUUUUUGACGGAGGCCUUACCGGUCAAUCUCAUUGGGAUGAACUGUUGUCUCAUGAAGCAGUACAUUGAGUUCGUGGCGGACCGCCUGCUCGUCGAUCUCGGGUUGGCCAAGGUUUACAAUGUGGAAAAUCCUUUUGACUUCAUGGAGUCCAUUUCCCUCGAGGGGAAAACAAACUUCUUUGAGAAAAGAGUAGGAGAGUACCAGAGAUUCGGAGUGAUGUCAAACAUGAUGGACUGUAAAUUCACUCUGGACGCUGACUUCUAAAACCAAGAGGACACUAUCAUUACAGUCACAGUUAAAAAGAAAGAGCAAAAAACAUGACGUCUCCCUGAAUGAGCUUUAAAGUUUUCUUUAUCUUAACAUAUAAAAAGGAAUUCCUUGCUGGGUUUUAGAUUGGAUAAAUACGAUUUCAACUAAAUAACACGGGGGAAUACAAAACAUGACAUCUUGAAGGCAAAAUAAAAAGGGCCUCGUAAAUUGUUAAUCAUCUUUUUAUGAAAUUUUGGUGCGGCAAAGAUGGUUUUUGUUUAUAUGUCAAUACUAAAAAAAACUUACCAGAAGGUGUCCUUUAUUUUUUCCUUUACUAUUUGUUGCGUUUUAUUUAUUUAUGACAAAUUGAACAUUGAGUAAAACAUGCCAAAGUAGAGUCAAAUCAUCUUUCUGUUUCAGUCAUUGUAUUCUGUUGGUAUUAAAGGUAAGGUUUGCUAAAUAUUAUUCAGAUUAAUUAAAAUUAUAAAAACAGUAUGGGAAACUGAAAGUUUUUUUUUUUCUCUCAUUUUGGUUUAUUGAUUUGAACAAUGUACUUGGCUUUUCCAUCAACGGUGCGAGUCUUUGAGGGCGAUAAUUUCCCACUUUGAAAUUGACUUUAAAAAAAAAAAUUUUAAUCAGGACUACAUUCUAAGCAGUUUCUGGUCAUGGUUUGGUUGGUUUUGUUUUAGACUUUUAUAAUUGCUCAAUAAAAAGUUUUUAAAUAAA